CUUGAAGUUUACCUUCCCCGGUGCGAUCAAUUGUUGCGACGGCCAAAAAAGGAGCCCAAACCGCACUAUGUGACAAAACACGGAGUUCCCAAUCAAAAUCACCAGUAGAGUAGCAGUUAUGAGGCCCAAAAAAAGCCUCGAUGCCUUUUGACCCGGAUAAUGCACAAGAUAACCAAAGGCCUGAAAAAGAAGAAAAAAGGUAAAAAAUCCAAACAUAAAGAGGACGAGCUCUUCAAACCGGAAGAACUAGAGGCCUAUCGUAAAGAACACCAGGCCCAUCCGACUGAAGAAGUCGCACCAGCGCCUGGCGGUCAAAACGAGGAGUGGAAGAAGUUCCUCGCCCUCACCUCCGGCGUCGACGAUAUCCUCAAGAAGACCCAGGGAGACUUAGAUCGCAUCAAGAGCACCUCGUUCUUCCAACGCGUACCGCCUCCCAGUGAAGUACAGAGACACGAAGAAGAAUUAAGGGCGGAGGAAGAGAAGGAGAAACGGGAGAAGGAGGAACAGGAACAGGAGGAGGCGGCCGCCGAAGCGAAUCUUGGGAUUGUACAAAUUGUUGAAUCGGAGUCCGAGGAGGAGGAUGAGGACGAUAUUUUUGAUACUGGAUACAUUGAUGCUAUCGCUGCUGGUGAAGUCAAGCUAGCUUACAUACCUGAAUCUCCUACCAAAGAGGAAGGGGACGAUCCGUUUGAUACUUCUUAUGCUGAAAGAGCAAUCUUAGGGCCAGCUGUUGAAAGAAAGGGGAAGAAACUCGUGCCUUUAGGGGCUGCAGUAGAAGUAUUAACAGGAAGAGUACAACUUCCGACUUGUGCGACUCAAAGACCUGUUUCCCACAGGCGACAGAUACUCAAAGAAAAGGAUUUACUUCUUGGAAGUUUCGACGAUAACGCCAACUCUAUAUCAGCAGCUGAACAAGCGACUCCUGAACAGGUGGUGAAAACUCUCCUUGACGAUGACGAAAUUCCAAUCCCGGAUGAACCGAUAGAUCUCAGUAAAACCCUUCAUCCGAUCAGAACUCCAGUUGUUGAAGAGACAAAAUCCGUUCAAUCCAAUUUGGUAGCGGAAUUCGAUGUCAUCAAAUCGUCUGCAGCAAUCGAAGACGAGGAUGAUGAAGAGUUUGCAGCAUUAGCCGCUGAAAGUCUAUCUAAACCUGCUAAAGUCAUCACAGACUUACCUGUUGUUCCUCAACCACAAACCAGUGUUGAAAAUUGGAACGCCUUCGAAGGAACCGAACCUGCAGUUGAAGAAGAAGAAGAAAAAGAAGUUGAUCCCUUUGACACAACUUUCGCCGACAAUCUACUUCCUGGAAAAGCUGAGCUAAAGAUUAUAGAAAACGAAGUUUUGAACGAAGACUUAGAUUUCAAUCCCAGAGCGGAAGAUAAACUUGCGACUCUUCUAAAAACUGUCCCCAAAGAUAAACUAACCACAAAUACUCUCGAACCAGCCCACAAAGACUUACUCGGAGGCAGCAACACUGAUUUAUCGCAACUCGGGAAUGACCCACUGAAACCAUCACUAAACGACGAUUAUAUAGAAUACCGCGAUCCCUUCGAUACUUCGAUUGUUGAAACCGCCAAACAACCAGGACAAACCGAAUUAAAAUUCCUCGAACGUGAACUCUUAGGUGACAUUAGAGUUGAGAGGACUUCGGUCAGCGACGAUGAGUUCGAUCCCAGAGCCGGGGAACCUCGAGAACGUUCCGUGUCACGACCGGAGGUGCUGAAUGUAGGUAAAACAGUGUCGUUUGACAUUCCUUCUCCGACCCAAACAGACUUGGAACACAAAGUGGUCAAGCCUCUAACGCCGUUUUACGUCCGAAAGAAUUCCGUGCCAGAACAAGUACUGUCUCCGGAAGAAUUGGAGGAUCCAUUUGAUACAUCGUUCGUGAGUAAGUUGGCACCUGGUAAGGCAGAACUGAAGUUAAUUGAAAACGAGUUGUUUGACCCCAACGUAGAAAGGAACUUAAGCAUUUCUGAUCAAGAUUUUGAUCCGAGGGACGAGAAAAAGGUUGCUAUUGCUAAAGUUCAACAAACCAUAGAAGGCAUACACGACCCUACGGUUGUUCAGGAACCAAAAAAGGAAGAGCCAGUUGAUCUUCUGGCAGUUGAUAACGAUAUACACGCCAAAGUUUUGACACCAGCUGCUGAAACCAAUAAUUUCGAAGAAAUUUCUUAUGUCGAUCCAUUUGACACAUCCAUUGCCAGUAAUAUAUUGCCAGGAAAAACUGAACUGAAACUUCUUGAAAGUGAAUUGAUAUCAGCGGGCCCUGCCACAGUUUCCAGUCCGGACUUUAACCCGAGGGAUAUACCAGUCCCUCAACAACCAAAGGUUGAUCUUUUGGCUCACUCCAGUGACAUUUUAGCUCAAAAACCCUUGAGCCCUGUAAGUUUUGAUUUGGAUGCAGACGAUUUUGAUCCCUUUGAUACAAGUAUAGCCAGCAACAUACAACCUGGCAAAACAGAACUGAAACUUAUAGAAAACGAACUGAUAAACAAAACAAUGGCGGCGAAUCCAUUUUUGUUCGCCGAAGAUGAUUAUUCGGCAAACCAGGCGCCUGCAUCAAAUCCCUUCCUGUUGGAAGGGGACGAUUUUCAAGAUGGCAACGCCACGAUGGAUAAUCCAUUCAUGUCGCAAACGGCCACUUCGAUGGCCUCCAAUAAUUCCACGAAUCCUUUUGCAUUCGACCCUAUGGAUUUGGAACCGGCGGAAGGAGAGAUUCCACACACCCAAAGCAAUAUUGAAACGACGAACACCUUCGUUGAUUUCACAAGUGGAAGUCAACAAAACUUUUUCAUGAACGAACCGGUAACAGUAACCGCAAGUCAGCAAAAUUUCUUUACGGAUACCACGACGGUUCAACCGGACGUUCUGAUGAACACCACAGCUAUACAAAAACCUACUGGUCUGGAUUUAAAGUACACUCACGACAUGACCAGUAACAGUCCAGCAAGACCUCCACCACCUCCAAGACCCCCCAAGGAGACGCAGGAUCUAUUAAUGUCAGUUAUGGGAGCAAUGGACGCAACCAGUUCUCAUCUCUUGGACAAGAUCCCACCUACUCGUACUCCAAGUCCAGUCUCGAUGCGAGAUUUGCAUUCUCCAAGCCCUACUCCGGAAACAAACUUUGGUGAUUUAUUGGAUGUUAGCGAUAGUAAACCACCUCAAUCACAGUCCAAUACAGAAGAUCUUCUAUCGUUGGGAAACGACGUCAAUCAAAAUCCGCCUACCCAAGAACCACAACAAGUGUUUCAACCUCAAAUUGCGGCCGAAAUUCCAAAGCACGAUCCUCCGGCUAGACCUACACCUCCUGUUAGGCCACCAAGGCCGCAACCUCCUCAAAAACCGCCACCACCUGCCGUCAGUCACGAUGCGGGCUUCCCCGUUCACCAGGCACCACCUAAGCCUCCACCGCCGAAAGUUCCACCACACCCCCAACCGAACCACGAAAUGAUGGACAUGUUCGGUGAUGACAACGUUCCAAUGCAAAAACCGGUGGCUUCCAAAGCAGACAUUUUAAACCUCUACAACACCCCAAAACAAGAAAAGGUGCGAGAUUUGCUCUUCGACGCAGUAGAACCGGAAAUAGAUACCGAACUGAAUGAAAAUGAGAUACCCGAAACUGUCAUCAACGAUGUCUCUCCUCCAGCUCCGGUUCUUCAAGAGACCAAAGACAGUUUUGUUUCGCCCGAACCUUCGCAAAACGACUUGCAGAUGGACACGAGCGACAGUCAAAGCAAGGGAUCGGUCUCGAGCGUGACUUUUAAUCCGUUCGCCGCUCCAGACGAAACAAAUCAAGACACCAUCAGCCCCGUGAAACCUCCAAGUGUAAUUCAACAGGAUCUCACUCCAUUGGACAACAAUGUUUUCCAACCGGAGACUGUCGCUCCUCCCAGUCAACCAAUGGACAUUUUCGGAACAAACGCGACUCAAAACGACACGUUCGGACUUGUCAACGAUAAUGCCAACCAAGAGGCUCAAAUUCAAGAUACAUUCGGUUUUCAAACGGACAAUACUACUCCCUCAGUUGUACAAGAUACGUACGGGUUCGCUACUCAAGUGGAGACGACCCAACCGAUUGUACAAGACUCAUUUGGAUUCGACAAGACAAUCACCCAACCAGCUGUACAAGACAAUUUCGCUUUCGGUAAUGUUGCUCCUCCACAAAAACAACAACCUGAUGCUUUUGGUGGCUUUGGCAGUGAAAAUCCGGAUGAAUUCGAUGCCUUUGCCAAAAAAUUCGAUUCGGCUGGAAAGGAUGAGAACAAGAACGGCGCCUUCGACGCUUUUUCUGGGAACGAUGCGUGGGGUAAUGAAGCUGGAGGAAACUUCGACAGUUCAUCGGGUUUUGGUAACGAGGAGUCGUUUGAUGCUUUUCUUGCCCUUCAAGAACCUCCUGUUGUACCCCAAAGCACACCUUGUAGGGUUAGUAAGAGUGGUUCACAAGAAAGUGACGAAGAGAAAGAUUUUUCUGUCAUCAUUAGGCCAAAAACUAAUGAAGAAUUCUCUUCUGGAAUAAUGCCGGUCAUCGCACCACCUCCUGCACAAGUACAAGCAGCCUUCACUGAUACUUCUCCGAGAUUCAAUCCCUUUGAUCAAUCGGAAAUGGCCACCACUCAACAACAAGAAUCAGCCCUACCUUAUGCUCCUGACAUGAAGAGAAGCGACUCUCAGGAGACGCCACCAACACCAUUAUUCGACGAAGACGUUUCCCAACCCCUUGAACCGUUCCCUAGGAUCGAUUAUGAUGGAGACGGUUGGGAGAUGCUGCUGAGGCAACCGAACAAGAAGAAAAUCACAGGACAAAGAUUCUGGAAGAAGAUUUUCGUGUGUCUUUCCCACCAACAAGAUUGCGUUCUACUCCAACUCUACAAUCAGAAAGGCGACAAAGAUCCUUUCCAAGAGCUGCCGUUGCAACCUUGUUAUUCCGUGUCCGAGAUCGGAGCCCAACAGUACGAUCAAUUCGGAAAAAUAUUCACAAUCAAACUGCAAUACAUUUUCUACAAGGAGAGACCCGGCGUCAGACCUGGUCAGGUCAAAAAAGCCGAAAGAAUCACCAAUAAAUUAAGCCAGUUUGCUGCGUACGCGAUUCAGGGCGACUAUCAAGGAGUAAAAGAGUUCGGUAGUGAUUUGAAGAAGCUAGGAUUGCCGGUUGAACACGCACCUCAAGUUUCGCAGUUGAUGAAACUCGGAUCCUUGAACUAUGAGGAUUUGAAACAGUUUUCGGUUAGCAUCGAGGAAGCUUUGUUUAAGCUCCAAGCUCACAGGGAUCGAGCUUUGCAUUACAAAAUGGAGGAGGUGCAAAUCACUGCUGUAGAUGAGCUCUACGUGGAACAAGAUGCAGAUGGUCACAUUGAGAAGCAGAUUGCAAGAGUUAGAUUGUUCUUCCUUGGUUUUUUGACUGGAAUGCCUGACAUUGAAUUAGGAGUAAACGACAUGCGAAGACAGGGUAAGGAAGUAGUAGGAAGGCACGAUAUUAUUCCAGUUGUCACUGAAGAAUGGAUUCGUUUGGAGGAUGUAGAAUUCCACUCGUGCAUUCAACAGGAAGACUACGAAAAAACUCAUAUAAUCAAAUUUAAACCACCAGAUGCUUGUUACAUAGAACUGAUGAGGUUCAGGGUGCGUCCACCCAAAAACAGAGAGCUGCCCCUUCAAUUGAAGGCGCAGAUUUGUGUGACGGGAACCAGGGUAGAACUGAAGGCUGAUGUAUUAGUGCCUGGCUUCGCUUCUAGGAAACUGGGCCAGAUUCCUUGCGAAGAUGUUAUGAUUAGAUUUCCAAUUCCGGAGUGCUGGAUAUACUUGUUCCGCGUCGAAAAACACUUCCGAUACGGAUCUGUCAAGUCUGCACACAGAAGAACUGGUAAAAUUAAGGGCAUAGAACGUAUAUUGGGAACAAUGGAAACUUUACAGGAAAACUUGAUCGAAGUAACUUCCGGACAAGCUAAAUACGAGCACCAACACAGGGCUAUAGUCUGGAGGUGCCCCAGGUUACCGAAAGAAGGGCAGGGAGCGUACACAACUCACAACAUGGUGUGCAGAAUAGCCUUGACUAGUUACGAUCAAAUUCCUGAAAAAUUGGCCGAGUACUGCUACGUGGAGUUCACAAUGCCUGCCACUCAAGUCAGUCACACGACUUGCAGGAGCGUGAGCUUGCAGAACUCCGACAGCGACGAACCGCCAGAGAAAUACGUUCGAUAUUUAGCCCGACACGAAUACAGAGUGGGUAUCGAGCACACGGAAGGUGAGAACCCGAACGCGUACGCGUCGGCAACCUUCGUGCAAAAGCCGGCCCAGAAAGAGGAGAAGGAAAAACCGCCACCGGUGGUCGAAGAGUCCAGUUCGGAUAGCGAUUAAGUACUUCCCAUUUUAUUUUUUAUAUCCAAAAAAUGAUAAAAACGUACACGUUCCUCUUUUCGGUGGAAAUCUAUAGUAAUUGUGUGUGCCUAAGUAGGAUUAUAAUGGUAGUUUUGGAGCUGUAAUUAUUUAUAGUUUUUGGACCAUGGAUCUUGUGUCCCUCCCGAUUUCGAAUACAUUCCAGUUGUUUCGAAUUCACUGUGCUCAAAUGUGUUUGUCAGGCUUUCGUUGUUCGUGGAAUAUUAUAAUAAGUAAAGUAACAAUAGAGGAUAAUAUAUUUAUAUUUGGGAACCUACUGGAGAGAAGCUUUUUCGCAAGACGUAAAAUAUAUUUAUGGUACAACAUAUAUAUGUUAUAUGUAUAGAAAAUUGCACAUUUUUAUUGAACGACAAUACUGAUCGAUAGUUAAAAAUAGGUUUAAGGCUAGAAAUAACACUAUACAAUUAUCAGAGACUGGGGGUGUUUUCAGUCAUUAAACAACACACCCUCUGUUGCUUUGAUGAUGAACAGUUAGUCAUGAGUGAGUCAUAUAAAUGUAUCAUUACCUUUUAAGGAUACGAUUAAUAAUUAAAUGUGAAAAUGUGAUUUUUAUUUGACAUAUCAUAUUUUUAGUUCGACGUUUUUCGAGGUUUUUUGAAAUACAUUUCGAAAAACCCAACACGGCUAGUUUACCAAAGAAGAGUACAUAAGUAGGUUUAAGUAACUAACAAUAAUGUUAAGAGUAGGAUUAAGUUGACUUUCCGUUGAUAUUUACUGUUAUUAUUAUUGUUGGUGAUUUUGUAGAUUUAGUAGUACGUUAACUAGUUGUAAAAGUUUUCUGUUUUAAAAGUUUUGAUUCCGUUCGAAAUGAUUCUUCAUUGAAAAGUAAAAUUUUCAAUCGAGUGCGAGUCUAGUCAUUAGUACUUAAGAAGAAAAAUAAUAUAUAAUAUUAUUAUAUGUAUUUAUAAGUAGGUUUAUUGUAUUUAAAUAAGUAAAUAUUGUAUACUAGUCUAGUAGAUAGUUUGUUAGUUUUAAUGAAUAUUAUUUAUUGUAAUUAAUUUUUAGAUUCGAAGAAUGUUUAAAAUAAUACCUUUAUGUAAAUAAGGUAAAUAUAAUCCAGAAAC